UGUCAUUCUAAUUCGUGAAUCGCCAUCAUUGUCCACAAAUCGUGUAUUUGCGAUUGGUUUUUUGAGCUCGAUCUCAAUCAAGUUAUUAUUUUCUUUUUAAUUGAAUAAUUGCUCGAGUCUAUAUUUUAUUUUCGUUUCAAUAAAAAAACUAGAAAAUAUGGUUUGCGUUCCGUGCUUCAUUAUUCCUGUUCUCCUUUACAUAUGGCACAGAUUCAUUCAGCCAAUUAUGCUGAAGUACUGGAAUCCAUGGGAGAAGAAAGACGAACAAGGAAAUGUAAUAAAGGCAGCUCCAGAAUUUCCAUUCCAGUGCAAAGGAGGCGUUUGCCCAUUCCCAGGAGCAGCUAAGAAAACAGAAAACCAACCCGAAGGCUCUAGUGCAAAUGAUAAAUCACCAGAAAACAAUUCAACAGUUCCAUCAUCUUCAUUAGCUGCUCCAAUUACAACGGAUGACUCAAAAAAAGAAAACUAGGGGCAUUUAAUUUAUGAUUUUAAUUAUGAUUCCUUUAUUAACAUUACUAGAUUAGUAUAAUAAUAAUUAUAAAAUUGUAUUUAAGUGUAGUUUAUAUCUAUAAUUACUCAUGAUCUUGAUUGUGGUUAGCUUUAGAAUGUUAUAAGCAGACGAAGGUCACUGAGACCGAAACCAGAAACUAUGAGAACGCAAAUAAAAUUGAACUGUUGUGGGUCUAGAAUAAUAAA